GAGAGUGGGAGGGGCCAGGGUGAUAGCUACGAGCUUUACCUAAAGUUCUCCCUUUCAGACUGACUGCUGCCUCUUGUCGGGCUAUACGGUACUACUGCGCUUAUCUACAGGAUAUACGUCGGCGGGAGCCACAGAUCAUGUCGAAGGCCACGUUUCACGCUCCGAAGAGGAAAAGAAAAGUCUACGAACCCUACGAGUCCCCGUUCCCUAUUCCCCUCGCGCACGAUCCUUCCUGUAGGGAAUUCCGGAUCUGCCGGGCCGAGAUUGUGAAUAAUCACGUGAUUGUGAGAUCCCUGGGGGACAUCGAACUGCUCUAUGGGAAGGGGUACUUUGGGAAGGGCAUUUUGUCCAGGAGUCGCCCGCAGCAUAAUAUGGCAGAGCCGCAGCUACAGGCCAAAUGGAAAGAUAUAAAACUGAAUUUGCCAAUUAUUUCAUCCAGGAGAUACAGGCGCCAUCUUGAAUGGGCAAAGAAUCUUCUUGAAGAACAAGGUUUGAGCACAGAGUCCGUUAACAAGAUCCUGGCAGAUUACACCAAGGAAGUUAAUAUCUCAGCAGAAGGUGAUGUUGCAGAGGGAAAUGUGCCGGCAGAAUCCAGAAUGGACUUGGAUCCAGAAACUGGAACUAAAUCACAGAGCUCAGAACCCAACCCUGGGGCAGAGACUGAGAGGAAGGUGCUUCUAGAAGGAAACCCAGAUUAUGACCCUCUGGCUAAAUAUGGGCCGGGGGUUCUGCAGGAGGAGGAGGAGCCGGACAGAACUACCCUCGAGAAAGUCCAUUGCCCCAAACACGAUGAUUUCAUUCUGCACUGCGGCUGCAGACCCGGGAGGGACCCCCUACAGAAUGAGCCCCCUGCCCCGGCCGGGUCCCACCCCGAGUAUUUACUGGUGGAAGAAGCCGAGGAGAAUGUGGAUUUGGGGCCCGAAGGAACAGAAGAGAAUAAAGGGCGGGGGAGAGGACGCUUAGUCUGUCGCCGGAAUCCUUUUAGAGUGUUUGAAUAUUUGCAGCUGAGCCGUGAAGAGGAGCCGCUGACCAUCCUGAAGCUGUGGGAAGUGUUCAGCGCCGCGCAGGCGAGUUUCAGCACCACGUACAUGGCCUACCAUCACUUCCGCAGCAAGGGCUGGGUGCCCAAGGUGGGGCUCAAAUACGGCACUGACCUCUUGCUAUAUCGUAAAGGCCCCCCUUUCUACCAUGCAAGCUAUUCUGUGAUUGUGGAACUAGUCAAUGACAAGUGUGAGGGUGCCCCCCUGAGACCCCUGAGUUGGAGAUCACUGGCCGGGCUACACAGGACAACUGCCAACGUCUCCAAG